UGGCGUCGACGUUUUUUUUCUGUGUUUUUUUUAUUCGUGUUUUUUUUUGUUUUUUUUAUUUCCUCAGUGUGACGAACAGGGAGAGUGAUGGAGGCGUAAGGGGUUGUGGCAUUGUUGUUUUCAAGCGGGAGUUUAUUUGUUUAUUGUCGACUUUAAAAAUAGGCCGCAUAGUAGCAAGCUAGCUAACAAAAGCUGCAAUUAAUGGAGGCAAGUUAGCUAGCUAGCUAACCUCAAGGAGCUAGCUAGCUUCUACGUUAACUAACUAGCUCAGAUUUCACUCCGCUGUUGUUGCUAGAUAAUUAACUAGCUAGAUAACACCAACAGCAGUCUAUCAAGCUUGCCACCAGCUAUUUAGCUGAAAGAAAGGAAAUAAUGGAAGAUUCCCAUUUCAACUCAUCAUACUUUUGGUCUCCCGUUCCUACAGUACAAGGACAGAUUGAAAACGCCAUGUUCCUGAACAAGAUGAAGGAGCAGUUGAGUCCGGACAAUAAGGGUUCUCCAUCGUUCCCUCACUCCUCGCACUAUCCCACCGCCGUGCUCACCAUGGACGCUGGAGGCCGGGUGGUGCCCAAACAGGAAUGCGGAGGCGUCCAAUUGAACGCCGUAGGUGGGCACCUGCACCAGCCGCACACCUCACAGAAUAUCACGGUGGUGCCCGUCCAGUCCACGGGCAUCAUGACGGCAGCGGGGCUAGUGAUAACCACUCCCCAAGGCACCCUGGUCUCUCAACCCACCUCCACACAAUCUUUUGUGUCCGGACCCCCUGCCACCACCAUGAUAGUGUCCGCACUGCACCCCACAAACACAGAGAGCAGCCAGCACUCCUCUCUCUACUUCUACAGCCACAACAAGAAAGAGGAUUUGGUCAUCCCUCCUGUUGUCAUGUCAACGCCCGGGAAGCGGGGCAGGAAGAAGAAGUCGAUGAUGCCGAGGGCGGGCGCCACCCUCCCCCCAGGAAGUGAUGCGUUGAUUCUGGCACACCUGGCUGCUGGGGGACAGCACCACACUGCCGACCAUUAUGACUUAUCAAAUGAUGAGGAUGAGCAUGGGAACAAAGAUGGGACCAAAUCAUACAGGUGCCGGAUGUGUGCGGUGACGUUCUUCAGCAAGUCGGACAUGCAGAUCCACGCCAAGUCUCACACGGAGGCCAAGCCGCACAAGUGCCCCCACUGCUCCAAGUCAUUCGCCAAUUCCAGCUACCUGUCCCAGCACAUCCGCAUCCACAGCGGGGCCAAGCCCUACACCUGCUCCUACUGCCAGAAAACAUUCAGGCAGCUCAGUCACUUACAGCAGCACACACGAAACCACACUGAGGGCAAACCGCACAAGUGUCCCCACUGCUCCAAAUCGUUCKCCAACUCCAGCUACCUKGCCCAGCACAUCCGCAUCCACAGYGGGKCCAAGCCCUACACYUGCUCCUUCUGCCAGAAAACAUUCAGGCAGCUCAGUCACUUACAGCAGCACCACAGGAUCCACACUGGGGACCGACCUUACAAGUGUAUCCAUCCUGGCUGUGAGAAAGCAUUCACUCAGCUGUCCAACUUACAGUCUCACCGCCGGCAGCACAACAAAGACAAGCCGUAUAAGUGCCACAACUGUAACCGCGGUUACACAGACGCGGCCAGUCUGGAGGUGCACCUGACCACUCACACGGUCAAACAUGCCAAGCUUUACUCCUGUGGCCUGUGCAACCGUGCCUACACCUCGGAGACCUACCUGAUGAAACACAUGCGGAAGCACAACCCGGACCCCCUCACGGUGGCGGCCGCCGUCGCCGCACAGCAGGCCCAGGGCCACACCCCUGGAGGAGGGGGCAGGGGGAGGGGCCGUGGGAGAGGAGGACGCGGGGCAAAUGCAGUGGGUGGUCCUGGAGGGGCGGGCCAGAACCCGGGGCAGAACCAUUCCCAGAACCCCAACAACCCCCAGCAGGGCAGCUACCCACAGACGGAGGGCGUGCCAUGCUCCUUCGACCUGCACCAGUACAAGACGGUGUCGGCCGGCGAGAUCCAGUACAAGCCAGUCAGCGUGGCUGAUCUUUCGGCCCAUAAGGACCUCUGCUUGACCGUGUCCACCUCAGCCAUCCAGGUGGAGCACAUGAACUCAUAGAGCGGGAGGAUGGACAGAGGGGAGGAGAGGAGUUUGGACAGAGCGGCAGAUGGACAGAAUGGAGAGGGAGGGAGGGAGGGAGGAAGUUGGAGGCUGGUGUCACUUUAAAUGGGAGGAUAGGCUCAUUGUAAUGGCUGGAAUAGAAAGAACCGAACUGUGUCAAACACAAUCAAUGUGUUUGAUUCCAGCUAUUUCAAUGAGGCCGUUCUCUGAUUUCUCCUCCCACCAGCCUCCACUGACAGGGAGAAAGGACUAAGUAAAAGCAACACUGCCUUGUGGUUGGCGAAGGAAUGGAUGGAAGAAUGAGGUUUGGCGAUGCAAGACCCAAUCAGAGAAGGAAAGGAGGGCGUGAAGAGGAAACCUGAGAUGAAGAGGAAGUAUGGGAUAUGUAGUCCAGUAUUGAAUGAAGAGAUGAUAUAGUCGAGAAUGGUUGCAAAGAAGGCACUUAAAGGAGAAGACAUCGAAAGGAAAGAGAUGAGGGGGGCUGAUAUAAAGAAGGCACUUAAAGGAGAAGACAUCGAAAAGGGAAAGAGAUGAGGGGGGCUGUAUAAAGAAGG